CAUUCACAUCCCGAAGCAAGAUCGAUUCACAGCAACCAUGAACCGUAAUAUUCCCCUUAUUGUCGCCGUCGGUGUUGGUGUUAUGUCCGGGUUCUAUAUCUGGGAACCCACACUCAAGAAGUACCAGAGGGAAAGCAAGGGCACUUGGCAGUACGAAGUCGUUCAGCAGACUAGGGCCGAGGAGAUGAACCGGCACGCGGAUGAGGUCGCGGAGGCAACCGGUGCUUCUAAUAUUGCUUCCUCGACGAUUCCGGCUACCCCAUCAACAGCAACACCACCUCCAGCAACAGGGAGCAAGGAUUCUACUGAGAAAGUUCCAGGGUUCGAUUCCAAAUCGACAUAGACAAACGCCGCGUAGGAUAACAUUAUUUCACAGCUACAUUCUCUUCAACACCAUCGCAUUUAUUAUCGGCUGCAGUAGCAUGGCAUUUGCCUUUUUAUUUUAUUUUUUUAUUAACGCCAGGUCCCCCUGGCGCAGGCGUACCAAAUAAAGCAUCAGGUGACAUCAUUCGGCUACUUUUGCCUCGCCUUCCUUGCAA